AUGGCCGGGGAGGUGGAAGAGGCGGCCAGGGCGGCCGAGGCGGACGGGGCGGCCAAGUCGGCCAACCCGUCUAUAGCGGACGGGGCGGCCAAGUCGGCCAACCCGCCUAUGGCGGACGGGGCGGCCAAGUCGGCCAACCCGCCUAUGGCGGACGGGGCGGCCAAGUCGGCCAACCCGUCUAUGGCGGACGAGGCGGCCAGCAAGGCCAAAGGGGACGAGGCGGCCAACGAGGCCAACGAGGACGAGGCGGCCAACAAGGCCAAAUGGGCCGAGGCGGGCAGGUGGCCAGUUGUCGCCUCUCUGCCGGUAAACACCAGUCGGCUUGGCGGGCCGCAGACGAACGUCAUGGCUGCCGUGGCCCAACAGGCCAUGGAGGAAGCGGGCACCGACACAGCCUUUGGUUAUGUCAUGCCCGUUGAUACCGUGGCCUUUCAACUGGCAUCGCGUCGCUUCCGCAGCCAUAGGCGACGAUUAAAUCCGCUAGACUCUCGGGUCUAUCGCCUAUUGCCAAAUUAUGGCGAUAGUGGCAGGGUGCAGGAUGUCACGGAGAAUUCUUCCUUGACUCCUAGGGAGAUUGCACGCAUUCGUGCAUUCUUUACUGAGCCAGUCCCUGAGCUGGCGUCUAUGCAUACUCCCGCGCCAGAGACGCCGUCCGCGCCCACAUCCGUGCCAGAGCUGGCAUCCGUGAGCGUGCCCGCGCCUGCGUCUGCGCCAGACCCUGCGCCAGGCCCUGCACCUGCAGCGGCUACUGCAUAUAAUGCAGUGCAGCCGACACAGCGUCCGUUGCGGCAUAUCAUCGCUAGGGGUCAAUUCGGCGAGGAGGACGAAAUCGACUAUAGCGACGAUGAAGUCCAAGUCGACGCAGAUGUCCAAGGGGGCGGCGGCGGCGACCGGCCACCCCAGGACUACGACGGCGAUAGCCACAUGAACCUCGACGCCGCAUAA